AUGUUGUCCUUUAUGGGCCUCUCAUGUGUUGCUUCGUCCGUCGCCCAUUUCCCGAACGACGGUGGACGGAUCGCUAGGAACUUGUUCACAUUCGGAGAGAAGUGUAAGGCACAUGCGGUGUCGUAUUACGGCGUCUCAGACGGUCAGACUGCCACAGCUGUUAGCCUUAGUCGCUGCCAGCAGAGUAUAUCAGGCUGCGCACCUACAACCUGCCAUGCCGGCAGCGGCACUACCUGGAGCAGUGAGUUACGAGCGCGUACAAAGUGA